UCUGGUUCUUGCUCUUGCAAAGCCUAGUCCACUACCUGCGGCCCGUGGGUGAUGGUUUGGACGAGGCGAUGCGUCUGCGCAUGGAGGCGCGUGCGAUGAGCCAGGAAGUGGAGAAGAUUCUUCUGGAGUGGGAAGUGGAGCAGCUCACCCUGAAGCAGAGUAGAGGGGCCUGGCGAGAGCUGCUCUGGUCUGCCUUGCAGCACUGGCAGAUCUGGGCCAUUGCUGGGCUCCUGCUCCUUCUCUCGGCCCCAUGGUUUAUCUGGAGGGAAAGGAGCCUGAGGAGAGAGGAGCCUGAAGAAGAAAACAAUGGUGUAAAUGAAGAGGAAGUAAGAAAUGUGGAUGCAAAUGAAGAAGAAGCUGUUGGAAAUGAAGAGGAAGUGAGAAAUGUGGAUGCAAACGAACAAGGUGUUGGCAAUGAAGAAGACAACAAUGAUGCGAAUCGGGAGGAAGUCAACAAUGAUGAUGGCAAUGGAGAGGAAGUCAGCGAUGGUGCUGCAAACGAAGAUGGUGCUGGAAAUGAAGUUGUCAUUGCGGCUGCAAAUGCAGAAAACAACAAUAAUGAUGCUCGUGAAGCUGAAGAAAGAGAGCAUGAUAUUGAAGAUUACACUGGAAGGAUUUUAAUGGAGCGCAUACAGUGGCCUGUACAGGACCUGCAGAAAGGCUGCGAGUGGACAACUGACCUGAUGGCCAAUUUCACGAUUUACUUUGGCCACAUCUUGUCUGGCAGUUUCUACCCGGUCCUGCAACAAGCCAUCGGAGUGGGCAGUGCCUUUGAAGGUUGGAGUCCCCGCGAGCAGGAUGUUGUGUACCGCGUGCUCGUGCCCAUGACUCCUCCCCGAGGGCACACCUUCCACCUGGAGCUGGACACUGAGGAGCAGAGGCACAGCAGGAACUUCCGUGUCCGUGUGCAGCUGGAGUGCACCUGCACGAGGGAGCAGCAGGGUGAGAACAUGCUGUGCUUCCUGCACCACCUCGAGGAGGAGCUGAGGAGGAAUCAGGAUCCCAGCCUCCUUCACACCCUGUGCACCGGCGCCUACCUCGAUGUGCAGAAAACUGCCCGCUGGUUCUACCAGCUGGUGAGAGCCAUCUGGCCAGCUUUGCCUCAGUCGCACACGUGGCGUUUAGUGCUGCUGCCCUCCAAACGCUCCUGCCAAUUCCAGGUGACCAAGGGCAGAGAAAGCUUCCGCAUUGAGGUGCUGUUUGGGGUGCGGCAAGGCGACUCGGACAUCUUUGUGAGCAGCCAGCCUAGACAGGCCUGCACCCCAAGCACAAUGUGGCCUGAGACCUACGCUGUGGCAGAGGUGAAGUUCUUCAAGUACAUCGCCAGGCAGGCCCCCCCUGACAGCUUGCACCUCAAAUGCCUGCAGUUCUUCACCCGUCUUCAGCUGGGCUUAGGCAUUUCCACCUACACCACAAAGACCAUUGUUAUGCACCUCCUGAGCAUCGUACCUGUGUCACGGUGGCGCAGGAGAGAUUUCGUGAGGCGACUGGUGGAUAUCAGCGAGUACCUGCGCUUAUGCGUGGAAGUGAGAUGCCUCAACCAUUUUAUUUUGGGCAACCGUAGGCUCCCUGGGGAGAUCAGUUUGCCCCCAGAGGUGCAAAUGGCCAAGACGUGCAAUCUCUUCCAUCACCUGGUGAUGGAUCCGGCCGCCCACUCCCAGGCAAUGAGCGAGUAUGUGGAUCUGCGGACGUGGCUCGUAGAAAUGCUCGAAAGUAUUCCUUGA